UUGCGUUGCUGGCUCAGAUAGCGCCAAUGUUAGCCGACUAGUUAGUUCGUAGCGGCGCCGGUACGGCCUCGUUGUUGUCACCGUUGUCAGUUGACAUUUUUACCCACGUCGAGGGUCACCAAAUGUGGAGAUGCGAUUCACAACGAGACAGGAAUCAAGUCCGUCAGAGAGGAUGGAGCUAGAAAGCUGAAGAGUGUAGCUGGAGCCUGCAGAGUUCCGGCAAAGCUCCGAAUCUGACCUCGUUUCCCACUGAAGACCCUUUAGAAAGAGCCCGACAGGAGACUUUGGACGUAAUAUCCAGCACAUCAUGAAGCUCUGUGUGGUGCUUUGCUUGGCGCUCUUUUGGAUGGAGCUCCAACACGGUGCCUGCCAACAAGCCAACAAGAGAAGAAAGGAUGCAGGAGAGAACCGCAUCAGGCCAGGAGGGAAACGGGGGAAGAUGCGUCAUCCCAAACUGAAAGAAGGUGGAGGGAGAGGCCACACCCUGCUGACCCAGGUGUUGGAAAAGGGUCGCUUCCUGCGUCUGGGCCAGAGCACCAUACUGACCCCAGGGAACAAUCUGGAGCUGCGCUGCAAAGGCAGUAAGAUUGGUUGGUCUUACCCCUCCUACUUGGACACCUUCAACGACUCGCGUCUCAGCGUCAUACAGAGCGACAAGUACAGUCAGCUCAUCCUGAUAUCACCCUCUGCUGCUGACACGGGGCGGUACAGCUGCUAUGUGAUCGUGUGUGACGGUACUGAGUGCCAAAAGGACCACGAACACGCUUACGCAUCCCACAUCUAUUUUGCAGACAAGGACAACCUCUUUGUUCCAUCGGACAUCCACUUCCAGAUUGUGUACCUACGCCCAGACAAGCCCGCCGUGGUGCCGUGUCGCGUGACCACCCCGCACGCCACAGUGUCACUGCACAGAGAAGUCCCUCCCAAGGAGAUAGCUGCCAACGGGACCGCGGUGACUUAUGACCCCACCAAGGGAUUUGUCCUGCAGACGCCCAGCCUAGAGUAUCAGGGGGUGUUCUACUGCAAGGCCGUGGCCAAAGGAACGCCACAGAUCUCCAAUAAAUACCAGCUGCUCUAUGUGGAGGUUCCCAGUAGUCCACCAUUUGUGAGCCUCAAGGCUUCUUCUGAGCUGGCGAGUGGAGGCGACAACAUAAAUGUGACCUGCAGUGUGAUGGGGGAGCCAGAUGUGGACGUGAGCUUCACCUGGUCUUAUCCUGGGCAGGGCCAGCGUCCAGUUCAUAUCCAAACUUCGUGGAGGCUGGUCAACAGAGGACGCGUUCAAACUACACGUCUCACCCAAAGCGUCCUGAGUGUCGAGGACAUGGAGACCAUCGACUUUGGAAAGUACAUCUGCAAAGCCAAGAACCAGCACGGCGAGACACUUGUGACAACCAGCAUAAUGCCCAAAUAGCCUGUUUAUGCUCAUGUUGGUCUUUUCAUAACGUAUAUAAUAAAGCUAUACUUUGC